AUGUUUGUCUCAAGCAUAAUAGUGGAUGAAUGGAUCAAGAUGCGAAGUGAAUCUGUUUACUUACGCAGCUGGCUAGAGGCAAGCAUCUGUCCGAUGGUACGCGCACAUUCACGAGCUCCAAUGUGGCCUCAAGUGCACCAUUUUAUCCCGAAAUUGGAUCUCAAGAGCCCAGAUUCGCAUUUACCACCGCGCAUCGUUGCCGAUGCGCGUCGAUUCGUCAAAGUAACGCGAUUUCACAAAAUCAAUAAAUUCCGAGUGUAUGCGUCCGCUAGGGACGAUUGUUGCGUGGUACUUAGUUGAGUUUACACCCAAAUGCGUCGCACGGUUUGAGCGCUAUCAUCGGUUGCGAAUCACGGCAGAAACGACCAAUACCAUUUUUCUCAUCGGUCGAGUUUCGCUGAAAUACGUCCCCAUCGCUCAGGCGCGCCAGAGUUGGCACGUGAACAGCCCUUCCGUAACAGAUCUACAUGUUUUGCCCGUGCUCGUGGUCGAUGAAUGUGUAGCAUUCGAUCUCGAUCAAGUCAUUCCUCACAGAGCGUUUCCAUACCUGUACGAGCAGGAUAAAUUUCUUGAUUGCAUGAAGGACGACGGAAAAAAAUACGCGAAAAAAGACACUAGUGUUUAG